GUCCCGGCGGCGGGAUGAGGCCGGGCUGAGCGAUGUGCGAGCAGGCAGCGCGGUACUGCCGGGCCGGGGUGCAGAAGCUGCUGCGGAAGCCGGCGCCGGCGCUGCGCGGGCUGGACGGGCUGCUGCGCUGGGCGGCGGGCAGGAUGGGCGACAAGGGCCUCGCCGAGAGGGAGCUGCUCGCCCCGGGCGCCGCCGCCGCCCAGAGGAAGGGCACCUCCGUCAUCCUCGAUAUUUUCAGAAGAGCUGACAAAAAUGAUGAUGGGAAGCUGUCCCUGGAGGAGUUCCAGGCCUUCUUUUCUGAUGGGACACUCAACGAAGAAGAACUUGAGAAGCUCUUUCAUACCAUUGACUCAGACAACACUAACAAUGUGGACACCAAGGAACUGUGUGACUAUUUUGCUGAUCAUAUGGGAGACUAUGAAGAUGUUUUGGCCUCCCUGGAGAUGCUGAACCUCUCCAUCCUGAAGGCCAUGGACUACACCAAACGGGUGUAUGAGAGUGGCAGCAACGUGGACCAGUUCGUGACCCGCUUCCUGCUGAAGGAAACUGCGAACCAGACCCAGUCACUGCUGAGCUCCGUGGAGAGUGCUGUGGAUGCCAUCGACGAGCAAACCAACCCCGCCAGACACUACCCCAGCAAGGAUGGUCAUGGCCUGAGUGACACCUGGUAUGACAACCCCGUGCCCAGCUACUCUCCCACCACCUGGAUGGUCCCCAGAGAGCAAGGAAAGAACUUCCAGGCUGGUUCCCCUGACACCAAGGCAGAGGGGCUGGAGGGGCAGAUCAACAGGCUGGCCAAGCUGAUUGGCAAGCUGGAGGACAAGACCCUCUGGUUUGACCUGCACCAGCGACUGUCGGACAGCGAGAGCACGGCCUGCACGUACCUGCUCCUGGUGAGGAACGAGAUGACAGUGUCACACAAGCACCUGGGCGAGUUCUGCAGCUCCCUGAAGCAGUACCUGAAGAGCGUGGCCGGGGAGCGGGACUGCUUCCACGUCACCGCGGUGAAGCUGCCUGAUGGGAUCACCUUCAUUGUCUAUGAAUUCUGGGAGACCGAGGAAGACUGGAAGAGGCACCUGCAGAGUGCCACCUGCAAGAGCUUCCAGCACGUCAAGGUGGACACGCUCAGCCAGCCUGAGGCCAUCUCCAGCGUGGCUGUGCCAGCUGCCUGGUGCACCCUGAGCCGAGAGUGACGGUCGGUGCCGGGGGCACGCCAGCACCUGUCCCCUCUGCGGGGUGGCCGUGCCUGGGAGAGGUGUCGGUGUGACCUGGCUGCAGUGAAGGAAACUCCCAUGUGCGUGUCCCCCCAGCCCAGAGAGUCCUCCCUCAGCUACCCCAUCACCUGGGGCAUCUCUCC